GUGAAAAGAUAGAAAGGGAAAGGAGGAAGCAACACAAGAAGCUCCUGAGCCAGACAGUUGCUGAGGUAACGGCGAGCAGAUGCAACGGAAACCUGACGGUAGCAGCGGUGGCGGUGCUGAACUGAGUCGGGGUGGACUAGCCCGUUUUCGCUCAGCUCCGGCUACCUGGCUUGAAGCACUUCUUGAAGACGAAUUAGAGCAGCCUAGCCAGGGCUUGACACAGUUACUCGUCGCGAAUUCCCCCUCAACAGUGAGAGAAUCGGUCGCCUACGCUUCUCCUGAUGACACUGGUGGCUUCUUCGAUGCGGGCUUGUCGUCCAGUUUUCCAAGGCAGAACAGCUCUCCGGCUGACUUUCUUAUUAAGCGUGAGGAAUAUUAUUCCAACUAUGGAAUCUCUUCUGACCACGAGUUUGCGCCGCCCGGUAUGGAAACUUCUUCGGCGGCCAAAAGGUUUAGGGAGGUCCAGUUGCAGAAUCCAUCUCAUUUGAAAGGAGAGCAGAGUGGUCAGAUACCUGGUGGAGUAUCUAGUUUGAUAGAUGCAAAGAUGGAAAAGCUUCUGGAGGAUUCAGUGCCUUGCAAGAUUCGUGCAAAGCGAGGCUGUGCUACGCAUCCUCGAAGCAUUGCAGAGAGGGUUCGUAGAACUCGAAUAAGCGACCGUAUAAGAAAACUUCAGGAGCUUGUUCCCAACAUGGAUAAGCAAACAAAUACUGCGGAUAUGUUAGACGAAGCAGUAGAGUAUGUUAAGUUUCUGCAAAGACAGAUUCAGGAACUUACUGAACAUCGAAGAAAAUGCACAUGCACGGCUAAAGAUUAGCUGGGAGAAGUUAAUGCCUGCAAAUUGGCAUACAUGUCUUCCAAGGUCCUUGGCUGAUGUCAUUUUAUUUGCAAUAAUCCAGCUUCUAGUAAAAGCUUUACUAGCUCCUAUUAUUCUGAACUACAUAGAUGGUGGGUUGCCAUGAAGGUACUGUUGCUCUGAUUUGCACCAGAUCAAGGCCUUAUUGCUUCAUAUUAGAACUGCUCUCUGAUAGUAGUUAGCGUGGUAGUUGUAAAAAUUGUACACAAUAAUAUAUCUUUAAAGUGCUUCUCUAAAACUUGGUUGUUCAUGAUAUUUGUUUCCCAUAUCUUCACUUAUGUAUUUUCAGAUUUGUAUUUCAUGAAACCUUAUUUACAUUCAAGAAGCUAUUGGAUUAAUAAAAUAAUUUUCUACAACUCAA